AUGGCAAUUCUUGGUGUUAACGUCGGCUACAUUUUCGGAUUUUCCCCCGAUCUGCUUUCAUUAUGGCAGAGCAACAUGGUAUUCUUCGCUUUGAUCUGCUAUUCGCAAACUUUCUACGUCUGCAUCUGGCGUUCAAAGGAGUAUCGAUUGGCGUUUGUGGAACAACUCCAGCUAAUGUUUACAACUUCUGCGAGAAGAAAAAAGCGACCUCGCCGAAGCGAUACAAAAAGAAGUUGCGCACGAGUAAAGUUGUACGUGCAUAUUGCUACAGACAUGCCAAUUUGGAUGAGGAUUCCUGACCACAAAUUUUAUUUGGCUAUACUUAAAAAGUUGAUGAAUAGUAAAAAUACGAGAGCGAUAACAACAGAAAAAUUUCAUCGAGGAAAAAAGACGAACUUGAAAACUCAGGAUCUGGGAACUAUGAAGCACCCCUUAAUUUUUAGGCAGCUGAUUGAGUUCGCCUCAUCUACUUACACCUAUAUCCUUGGAUGUUCCGCUACUAGGAAAGCUGUAAUCAUUGACCCGGUUCUGGAGACAGUUCAUAGAGAUGCUGAGAUUAUCCGAGAUCUCGACCUUGAUCUUGUCUAUGGCCUCAACACACAUGUCCAUGCUGAUCAUGUAACCGGUACCGGUGUGCUUAAAACGGCUUUUCCCACUAUGAAAUCUGUGCUAGCUGCGAAUUCGGGUGGCAAAGCGGAUCAUUAUGUCAAGGAAGGUGACAAAAUAAAAUUUGGUCAUGAACAUCUGGACGUGCUCGCCACACCCGGACAUACCGAUGGAUGCCUCAGUUACGUUUCGCAGGCUCAUCGUAUGGUUUUCACCGGAGACGCGUUACUUAUCAGAGCUUGUGGAAGAACUGACUUCCAGCAAGGUAAUGCUCGAACACUGUACCGAUCCAUAUGGGACAAGUUAUUCACACUUCCCGAUGAUUUUACUGUGUAUGUCGGCCAUAACUACGACGGAAUUCUUCAGACCUCAAUUGCUGAAGAGAAAAAAUAUAAUCCAAGAUUGACGAAAUCCGAAGAGGAAUUUGUCAACAUCAUGAGUAAUCUCAAUCUUCCCUAUCCUAAACAAAUUGACCGAGCCCUACCUGCAAAUAUGAAGGAUGGACAGAUCUAA